AUGAGCGCCCCCAUCAUCUCAAUCGACACGCAGCAUGAAGAUAUGAUCCACGACGCGCAGCUGGAUUACUAUGGCAAGCGCCUCGCCACGUGCUCUUCGGACCGGACGAUCAAAGUCUACGAUGUCACGGGCGACGUGCAGAACAAUGAGCAGAUCUUGACAGGCCAUGACGGUCCCGUGUGGCAAGUGUCGUGGGCCCACCCCAAGUUCGGUGCGCUGCUGGCUGCCUGCUCGUACGAUGGCAAAGUCAUUAUCUACCGCGAGCAGAGUCUGAACCAAUGGACGCAGGCGUACGUCCACGCCUUCCACAAGUCCUCGGUCAAUAGCAUUGCGUGGGCGCCGCACGAGUAUGGACUGGUGCUCGCCUGUGCUUCGGCCGAUGGGAUCGUCUCGAUCCUCAGUUACUCGCCGGAAGGCUGGAGCGUGAGUCAGUUCAAGGACAGUGCGCUUGGCUGCAAUGCUGUGAGCUGGGCGCCGUUCCACUCGGUUGGCUCGCAGGGCCCGACAGGCCCGAUCCGCCGCGUAGUGACGGCGUCGUGCGACAAGACGAUCAAGAUCUGGAGCCUUGUGGAGGGCGAAACAGACUGGACGAAGCAGGAGCUGAGCUCUGCUCCUGCGCACAGCGACUGGGUGCGUGACGUGGCGUGGGCUCCUAGCACGGGGCUUCCCGUCAACCUCAUUGCCAGUUGCUCUGAGGACAAGCACGUGUACGUCUGGUCGCAGACUGUAGACGACAGCGCGUGGAAGCGCGAGCUGCUGCACAUCUUCGACGCGUCGGUGUGGCGUGUAAGCUGGUCGGUCACUGGCAACGUGCUCGCCGUGUCCUCGGGCGACCACAAAGUGACGUUGUGGAAAGAAACGCUCGACAAGAAGUGGAUCCAAAUAUCGUCCGUCGACGAGGCUGGCGCGAUUCACAACGGCAACGAGUAG